AUGCUCAGAGUUCUCGGUACUUUCACCAACCUUUUCUUGUUGGCCGGUACUACCCUCUUGUUGGUUUUCAUCGUUUUGGGCGGUGCCGUGAACCACUUCCCAUUCAAGAAGUUUGACUGGAUUAGCGUUGACACCUCCAGCAUCCUGGGUGCUUACGACCAGUCCAAGUGGUUCUUCUGGGGUGUCUGUGACGCUAACGACCUCAGCAGAUGUCACCUUGGUCCUGCUUACCCACUCUCGCCAAACAGAAACUUCGGCACUGAGCUGGGUGUCCCACAGGACUUCAUUAAGGAUGACUCCACCUACUACUACUUGUCGAGAUUCAGCUUCGCCUUUUUCAUUAUUGGUUUUGUUUUCACUGGUCUCGCUUUCUUGGUUGAUGUCGCUGGCUUCUGCUUCGACUUCGUUGAGAGAAUUGUCAUCAUCUUGGUCACUUUUGCCCUCUUCUUCAUUGCCGGUUUCGCCGCAUUCCAGACUUCCGUGACCGUCUUGGCUAGAAACGCUUUCAAAGACGAGGGUUACUCUGCUAAAUUGGGUGUCCAGGGUUUUGCCAUUAUGUGGACUGCCGUUGCUUGUUUGGCCAUCAUCUGGUUCAUUACCUGCGCCAACAACAUUGCUGCUUCUUACAAGAAGCACAUUGCAAACGUGCGUGGCUCUGAUGGCUACUACCAGCAGCAGCAGCCUCACGAGGACGGCGAGCUUGCUGACGACUCGUCCUUCACCAGAUCCGUUCCUGUGGAGAAGGAUGCCAACACCGGCAGCGGUGGUAUUCGUUUCUUCAGAAUCAAGAGAAACCAAAAGCCCUCCGACGAAGAGAGUGUCUAA